UUGCACUGCCGGCGCACGGAAGCUGCCAGAGUCCUCUUUCGGUAAAAGUGUUGUCCAAAUUUGUUUUAUGGUUUCGUGCACGUGAAGAAUAUUGCUAGUGAAGAUCUAUCGAGUAACAGUAGCGUCCAGCAGUCAACACAGCCACCAACAUGCCAUCUGACGCAAAGAAGAGAGAGCAGCAGCGAAAGAAGGAGGCGGCCAAGGCACGGCAGUCAGGCCGCAAGCCGCAGCAGAGCAAGGCGCAGGCCGUGGAGAACGGUGCGGCAGCUGGCGACAAGGACAAGGAAACUACUCCGCCCGCAGAGGCCAAUGGCAUCGCCACUGAGAAUGGUGACCGGGAGAUAAGUGCAGAAGAGGCACUGUGCAUGAAGCUGGAGGCAGAUGCGCGGCUGAAUGCGGAGGCGCGGGCGUGCACGGGCAGUCUGGCGGUGCAUCCUCGGUCACGUGACAUCAAGAUUGACAACCUGUCCAUCUCGUUCCAUGGCCACGAGCUGCUGCAAGACUCUGUACUGGAGUUGAACUGUGGACGCCGCUACGGUCUGCUGGGGCUUAAUGGCUGUGGGAAGUCGACACUAUUGUCCGUGCUGGGGAAUCGGGAGGUGCCCAUUCCAGAACACAUAGACAUCUUCCACCUAACACGUGAGAUGCCGGCGUCGGACAAGACAGCUCUGCAAUGUGUCAUGGAGGUGGACGAGGAGCGCAUCCGCCUGGAGAAGCUGGCAGAGUCACUGGUGUCGUGCGAGGACGACGAGUCGCAGGAACAGCUGCUGGACGUGUACGAGCGGCUGGACGACCUGUCGGCUGACACGGCGGAGGCGCGUGCUGCCUGGAUCCUGCACGGUCUCGGCUUCUCGCCCGACAUGCAGCGGAAGCGCACGCGCGACUUCAGUGGAGGCUGGCGCAUGCGCAUCGCACUGGCCCGCGCUCUGUACGUGACGCCGCACCUGCUACUGCUGGACGAGCCGACCAACCACCUUGACUUGGACGCCUGCGUCUGGCUCGAGGAGGAACUCAAGUCGUACAAGCGAAUCCUGGUGAUAAUCUCGCACUCUCAAGACUUCCUGAAUGGUGUGUGUACCAACAUCAUCCACUUAGACAAGAAGAAAUUAAAGUAUUACACGGGGAACUACGACGCGUUUGUGCGGACGAGGCUGGAGCUGUUGGAGAACCAGAUGAAGCAGUACAACUGGGAGCAGGACCAGAUCGCCCACAUGAAGAACUACAUCGCGAGGUUCGGUCACGGCAGUGCCAAGCUGGCCCGGCAGGCGCAGUCGAAGGAGAAGACGCUGGCCAAGAUGGUGGCACAGGGGCUGACGGAGCGUGUCACGACUGAUAAGACGGUGCACUUCUACUUUCCGUCCUGCGGCAGCAUCCCGCCACCGGUCAUCAUGGUACAGAAUGUGAGCUUCCGGUAUACGGACACGGGGCCUUGGAUCUACAAGAACUUGGAGUUUGGAAUCGACCUGGACACGAGGCUGGCCCUGGUGGGCCCCAAUGGAGCCGGCAAGAGUACACUGCUGAAGCUGCUGUAUGGGGAUCUGAUCCCAACGGAGGGCAUGAUCCGCAAGAACUCUCACCUGCGCAUCGCACGCUACCACCAGCACUUGCACGAGCUGCUGGACCUGGACCUGUCUCCACUCGAGUACAUGAUGCGCUCCUUCCCCGAGGUAAAGGAGAAGGAAGAGAUGCGCAAGAUCAUUGGCCGCUACGGCCUCACCGGCCGCCAGCAGGUGUGCCCCAUCCGGCAGCUGUCAGACGGGCAGCGGUGCCGUGUGGUGUUCGCAUUCCUGGCAUGGCAGGCGCCGCACCUGCUUCUACUGGAUGAGCCGACGAACCACCUCGACAUGGAGACCAUCGACGCACUCGCGGAUGCCAUCAACGAUUUCGAGGGCGGCAUGGUGCUGGUCAGCCACGACUUCAGACUCAUCUCGCAGGUGGCGGAGGAGAUCUGGGUGUGUGAGAAUGGCACGGUGACAAAAUGGCAGGGAGGCAUCCACACUUACAAGGAGCACCUCAAGGCGAAGAUUCUCAAAGACAAGGCCAACAACAAGAAGCUCUUCAAGUGAUGAGCGGGCACGCUAGGCGGGACGAUGAAUUGACGACACUGCAGGAAAAUUCGACCGACACACAUACUCCACUAUAUCUCUCUCUCGGCCUCCUCUCUCGUGUGUCGAGGUCGUUCAUUUUCUUUCUCUCUCGAUUUCGACAAAAUACUUGUCGUAAUCUCUAGUUUUUAUUUUCACUUUCCGAGCAGUAAGAAAGAACUUGGGUUAUAGGAGCAACUGUUGCAGUGAAUGUGCCACACUGCUACAAACAGUGACGAUCGUUCGGUGUAUGCAGGAUCGUUUUGUAGGGUUCGGUUUGACCUGUUCUUAGCGAAGUACUUGCUGUCGGUAUUCUCUCCCUCCAUCUUUCACUCCCUUCACAUUCACUGGUUUACUAACUGUAAUUUCGGGUCAGUUUCAAAUGUGGAGGUGACUCUUUUCAAGGAAUAGAUGGUUGGGAUAUGACGGGCACCUCGUGUCUACUCGCCCACAUGUGCUGCUAACUGACACCUUCUAGUAAAGUGCAGUGUGCCUGCUGCUGAUAUCAUUUGAGAUUAUUUUUGAGGUGUGAGAGUGAUGCUUCCUGACAAAAAAUUUGGUUGUCAUAAGAAAGCAGGUAUGUGCAAAGUAAAAUCAAAGGACAGUGGGGGGACAGUUGAAUAACAGUUAUGCCGGUGUUGCGGUUAUUGUUUUGCACCUCGUGGCAUAUAUGUGAAUGGCUACUUCCAUCUUGAAAAUGCAGAAAGCAAGUGGCACGUCACUUCUGAUAACGACCACUGGAAAUUGGCGACACCAGCUCCCUCUUUCCGUUGCUAUUCUACAAGGUGUUAGAAGAAAGCAAGGGAAGAGACACGUGUUGUCAGCUAAGAAGUACUGACGCAUUUUGUAUCUGCCUCAGUCUAAUUUCAGUCUUGUACAACUGCCUAAUUUGACGUGUUCUAAUUUUCAGCCAUCCCCUCAAACAAGUGACAGGAUGUGGACAAACAGUUGAGAAUAGAUGCAAACUGAUUUUUAGGUGUGAGGGACAGUGUGUUUAUUUUGAGGUGUUAGCCGAGAGGAAUACUGGGUAGGUUAGUUGGGUGUCAACUGUUAAGAGGACCGACGUGUCGCACAGUUGUUCUUAUCUUCACCGAUAGUAUCGUACUAGAGUUGUGUAUCGGAGAAAUUACUGUAACGAUGCACAUUGCAUAUUUGAAAAUUGGUACAAAGCAUCAGACUUGGCUGAUGGAUUGCUGCAGAAGGAAAUGUGAAAUAAGUUUAGAGUUCUUCACCCACUACAGCUGUCGGCAUAUUGAACUGCGGGCCAGAGAGAAAUAAGAAUUUUUCCUAUGCUGUCGGGGUGCCCAUCAUUGUAAAGGGAAAAAAAAAGUAUAAAUCUCGUAGGUAUCUUAUUACAAACUGUCUAGGGUAUUAUAAAUUUUCUAAGGUAUUAUUUAUUCACUAUUUCUCGUUCUCUCUAGGAAUAUUAUCGUCAAAUUUUAGCAAUGAAAAUAAUCGGCGGCAAUACGUAUGUUAAUCGUGCACGAACCGUAUGUUUCGGAAAUGUCUGUGAAGAAUUGAAGCUAUUUUUAGAACUUUUUGUAAUUUGUGGGACUUUUGAAUUGUCACCUGUGCAGUAGGUACUUGUGUUCUUUUUUUUGUUUUAAUUUUUGGAAAUAGCUGUAAUUUAGGCUUAACUAGCUGCUGCGGCAGUCCUGUGAUAUAGCUGACACACGACACACUGGCUCUGGGUAGGAAAUAAGGUUACCGGCACACAUUAUUGUUAAAAUUAGUGAAGUUAAUUGCAUGUGCCGUCUUUUUGGAAAAAGCUCUGUUACUUUGAGCCCGUGUAUCUGAUGAAGUGUGUUUGGUUUCUGUUCCUGGUUGUUAAAAGUUGUUACCGAUUUUUGUGGAAACACAUUUGUACUCGUCCCACAUGACAUUGGCUGAAUGUAAUAAAAAUCUGGACAUUG